AUGCAAACCCCUGAAGCACAACAAGUGAAGUUAGUGGCUUAUAAACUGCGUGGUGGUGCAUCGGCAUGGUGGGAACAAAUGCAAAGCAAUAGGCGACGGCAGGGUAAACAACCAAUGCGAGCAUGGCCGAAAAUGAAGCGAUUGAUGAGAACUAGAUUCCUACCGCCGGAUUAUGAACAGAUUCUGUAUCAGCAAUAUCAAAAUUGCAAGCAAGGCAUGAGAACUGUUAGUGACUACAUGGAAGAAUUUUACAGGCUGAAGUCGCGCAACAACCUUUCUGAAACAGAUGGGCAGCAAGUUGCGAGAUUUGUGGGAGGGUUACGCAUGGCCAUUCAAGACAAAUCGAGAGCACCGUCUUUUACUCCACCCAUCAAGGCUGUUGAUCAACCAUCACGGCCGAGCAGUUCACAACCAAGUUCGUCUAGUCGACCUCAAAAGGGAAACACCAACAAUCAAGCAGGGAGAGAACUGACAGCCCCAUCAGCACAAAGGAGCGGCACCAACAAUAAUCCUUACUCCAGGCCUAUGUUGGGCAAAUGUUUUCGAUGCAACCAGCCUGGACAUCGCUCUAACAAGUGUCCUACACGACGAACAGUGCAUAUGAUUGAAGGGGAAGAGGAAGGUCAGGAGGAUGAGGGCGACAGCGAAGGUGAAGAAGCAGGAGAAUUUGUAGAAGGCGACGAAGGAGAACCCGUGAACUGUAUCAUACAACGGGUGAUGUUGGCCCUAAAGACUGAAGAGGAAAAUCAGAGGCACUCGAUAUUCAAAACACGUUGCACUAUCAACAAUAAGGGGCGCAAAAUUGUACUGGUUCCUACAGGGGACAAGGCGCAUGAGUCGAUCAGUGCAGAUAAAAAAAGUUCCUUCCUCACGGUCUCUGAAGCACAAUUCAUGGCAGAUGCUAAGGAAACAGUGGAAGUUUGGACCCUUGUAGUGAAAGGCAGUGAUGAAGUAGAAGCAGUCGAUAUUCUCCAGCAAGUGCAUCAUCUUUUAUCUGAGUUUGGAGACAUCAUGCCACAAGAACUACCCGAGGGAUUGCCUCCUAUGAGGGAUGUCCAACACCACAUCAACUUGGUCCCAGGAGCAAGCCUGCCGAAUCUAUCUCACUAUCGUAUGAGCCCCAAUGAACACCACAUUCUACAAACCCAAGUGGAAGAGCUCCUCCGAAAAGGCCUGAUCAGAGAGAGCAUGAGCCCAUGCGCUGUGCCGGCACUACUCACACCAAAGAAAGAUGGGACCUGGAGGAUGUGCAUGGACAGUCGCGCCAUCAACAAGAUCACGGUAAAAUAUUGA